AUGACUUUCGCGACUGUCUCCAGAAAGCUGAGAGAAGCUGCCAGGGUCAUUCUAGUCGGAGCUCCUGGUGUUGGAAAAGGAACACAGUCCGAGAGAUUGAUACAGCGCUAUCCGCAGCUCAGCUCUAUCGCAACCGGAGACCUACUUCGGGAUCAUGUAAAGAAUAAAACCUCUCUGGGCAAACAAGCGGAAGCGUACAUGAAUGAUGGGGGUCUUGUGCCAGAUCCACUGAUCCUGAACCUCAUCCUCUCCGAAUUGACGACUCGCAAAUGGCUCACGGUCGACAAAUCAAACGACGAAAUCAUUGCUUCUAUUGGUCGUGGUAAUGGCUCAGCGUCUUCCGCUGUGCAGCCAGACUCGCGCCCAGACUGCUCGUUUCUGUUGGACGGUUUCCCACGCACAGCUACUCAGGCACAAGCGCUCUCCCACCUGCUGCCGAUGAAUCUGGUCUUUCACCUAGUGACUCCGGUUGACAUCAUACUUGGACGUAUGGCAAAUCGUUGGAUUCACCAGACAUCAGGAAGAGUAUACAAUGUGGGCUUCAACGAUCCGAAAGUGCCUGGCAAGGAUGACCUAACAGGCGAGACCUUGGUGCAGCGAGAAGAUGACAGCGAAGCCACCUGGCGGAAGAGACUGUCCAAGUUUGAGGAGACCAGCAGUAGUCUACUUGAUUUCUACCGCAAGCAAGACUCGAGUCUCGUGGUCACGGUCAAAGGCAACAGCAGUGAUGAGAUUUCGCCGCAGAUAUUUGAGGAGAUUGAUCGCAGAUUUGGCGCGUGA